GGAGCGCUCAAAGCGGAGAACUUCACCGAGCGAAGAAGAAGCAGCGGCCGCAGCAGCAUCUGUUGAGUUCCGGUGUCCUUGUGUUGGAAUCGCGCUACCAGACGGGUCCACUAAGAUGUUCAGAACCAUGAAUGCGGUCCAGCAGAUGGCGCGGCGCAGCAUCUGCAGCUCUGCCCGCCGGCAGGUGGAGAACAAGGUUCCCCAGAAGCAGAAGAUGUUCCAGGAGGAUAACGGGACGCCGAUCCAUUUGAAGGGCGGCAGCAGCGAUGCCCUGCUGUACCGGGCCACCAUGGUUCUGACCGUCCUGGGAGUCGGCUUCACGCUGUACGAACUGGUGAAGGCGUCGUUCCCUCAGAAGAAGGACUGACUCCGGUCCGGAUCGUUGUUCUGGUUCCAGCUGGGCCCAUUUGUAUAGAGAUGAUAUUCCCGGAUCAGAACCGACCCGUUUCCUGCUCUCUCUGUGUUCUUGUUUCAUGUUCUUGGAGCGAUAACUCUAUAUUUCUGUUCACUUGAGGAUCAAUAAACACAAAUACCUCUGAUGACCCAGAA